UUUAAUUCUCCAUUUCCUUCCUUGGAAAAGAAAAGGAGAAACACAGCUUUUGUUUUUCAUCAUCGCCAGUGAAGGAAGAGAAAUCAAGUGCAAACUCUCAGAUCCAAAAUCUCUAUCUCCGUUUCUUUGGUUGGAGAAUUUCAGCUGCUCGGAUCUUUGGCUUUCCGUACGGAUCGUGGAGGAAUCUUUUUUGAUCCAUUUCUCUGGGUAAUCUUCGAUAUUGUUUGCUCUUCGGAUCCGAUUGAAACCCUGGAUUCAGUCAUGAAUCCCUUCUCUUCCGGUACCCGUCUCAGAGAGAAUUAGAAGUGAUUGAGCUUCCGAGACAGCUGAAAUUGACGUAUUCUUUGGAUGCCUUAGAAUUUAUCAGCCGAUUUGUUCAUGGACAUGAUUCGAGCUAUACGUGCAUGUAAAACUGCGGCUGAGGAGCGUGCUGUCGUAAGGAAAGAAUGUGCUGAUAUUCGUGCUUCAAUUAAUGAAAAUGACCAAGAUUACAGCCACCGUAAUCUGGCAAAGCUUAUGUUCAUUCACAUGCUUGGUUACCCCACACAUUUUGGGCAGAUGGAAUGCCUAAAGUUGAUUGCUUCUCCUGGAUUUCCAGAGAAGAGGAUUGGUUAUCUAGGUUUGAUGUUGCUUCUUGAUGAAAGACAAGAAGUACUAAUGCUGGUCACCAACUCAUUGAAACAAGAUCUGAAUCACACAAACCAAUAUAUUGUGGGACUCGCUCUCUGUGCUUUAGGAAAUAUUUGUUCAGCAGAGAUGGCUCGUGAUCUUGCACCUGAAGUUGAAAGAUUACUUCAAUUUCGUGAUCCAAAUAUACGGAAGAAAGCAGCUCUGUGCUCUGUACGGAUAAUCAGGAAGGUUCCAGAUCUUGCUGAGAAUUUUGUUAAUCCUGCUGCUGCUUUACUCAAAGAAAAGCAUCAUGGUGUUCUCAUGACAGGAGUUCAGCUUUGCACAGAGCUCUGUAAAGUCAGCAUAGAAGCCCUUGAAUUUUUCCGAAAGAGGUGCACAGAAGCACUAGUUAGAACCCUGAGGGAUGUUGCAAAUAGUCCAUAUUCACCCGAGUAUGAUGUUGCUGGAAUUACUGAUCCGUUUCUCCACAUCAGAUUGCUAAAACUAUUGCGAACUUUGGGCCACGGGGAUGCGGAGGCCAGUGAUAAUAUGAAUGAUAUACUUGCUCAGGUGGCAUCAAAAACCGAGUCAAACAAAAAUGCUGGCAAUGCUAUCCUAUACGAAUGUGUUCAAACGAUAAUGAGCAUCGAAGACAAUGGUGGUUUACGUGUCCUUGCGAUCAAUAUCUUGGGAAGAUUCUUAUCCAAUCGGGACAAUAAUAUCAGAUAUGUAGCUCUAAACAUGCUGAUGAGGGCUAUGACUGUUGAUACACAAGCAGUUCAGAGACACAGAGCUACGAUCUUGGAGUGUGUUAAGGAUUCAGAUGCUUCAAUUCGGAAAAGGGCCCUCGAACUAAUUUACCUUCUGGUAAAUGAGAGUAAUGUCAAGUCGCUGACAAAGGAGCUUAUUGAGUAUUUGGAAGUAAGUGAAGAAGAAUUUAAGGGAGAUCUUUCUGCGAAGAUAUGUUCCAUAGUUGAAAAGUUUUAUCCUGAGAAAAACUGGUACAUCGAUCAAAUGCUAAAGGUUCUAUCUGAGGCUGGAAAUUAUGUGAAAAAUGACGUAUGGUAUGCCCUGAUUGUUGUAAUAACAAAUGCUCCCGCUCUUCAUGGAUAUAGUGUCAGGGCUUUAUACAAAGCAUUCCAGACAUCUUCUGAACAGGAAAAUCUUGUUCGAGUUGCAGUCUGGUGUAUCGGAGAAUAUGGUGAUCUUCUGGUUACCAAUACUGGAAUGCUUGAUUUAGAAGAUACGAUCACUGUAACAGAAUCUGAUGCAGUGGAUGUUAUAGAGAUUGCAAUUAAGCAUCACUUGUCGGAUGUCACGACUAAAACAAUGGCUCUGAUUGCUCUGUUAAAGCUCUCAUCUCGUUUUCCUUCUUGUUCGGAGAGGAUUCAAGCUAUGAUGGUUCAGCACAAAGGCAGCCUUUUCUUAGAACUACAACAACGAUCUUUGGAGUUCGGUUCGAUUAUUCAGAAGCAUCAGAAUAUCAGACCUUCAUUGGUCGAAAGAAUGCCUGUCCUGGACGAGGCAACAUUCAGUGGAAGGAGAGGCGGUUCUUUACCGACGUCUGUAUCGACCUCAGGAAAAGCAUCGCUCAAUAUUCCAAAUGGGAUUGCUAAAACAGUUGCAGCUCCUCUCGUCGAUUUACUCGACCUGAGUUCCGAUGAUACUCCUGCCCCUACUUCCUCUUCCACUGCCAACCUCCUUCAAGAUCUUCUCGGUGUCGAUUCAACACUUUCUUCAGCAGAGCCUGUUUCAGGUAAUACAAUGCAGCCAUCGAAAGCUGGUGCAGAUAUUCUUUUGGAUUUGUUGUCGAUUGGAACUCCUGCCCCUUUGCAAAAUGGCUCAAACUCGAUGAACGGAGACUUACUAUCCACUCAAGUUAACAAAUCGCCGGUUUCUUCAUUAGAUACAAUUUCAUUACCUUCUUCAGUGUCUGUUCAACCUUCUCUGGGUCCACCUUCUUCAAUGAUGGAUUUAUUGGAUGGAUUUGGCCUCACCCCACCAGAGAGCGUGACAGAGGAAAAAGGCUCGGAAUAUCCACCUGUUGUUGCAUUUGAGAGCGGUUCCUUGAAGAUUGUGUUUGACUUCUCGAAGAAACCCGAGAGCCCGCAGAUGACGAAUAUCGUUGCGACUUUCACAAACUUGACUCCCAACACGUUCACGGAUUUCCUCUUCCAGGCUGCUGUUCCAAAGUUUCUACAACUUCAUUUGGAUCCGGCAAGCAGCAAUACUCUUCCAGCUAGCGGUAACGGAACCAUCACGCAGACUCUGAGAGUUACAAACAGCCAACACGGCAAGAAAGCCCUCGUGAUGCGAGUAAGGAUAGGUUACAAGGUUGACGGCAAAGAUGCGUCGGAGGAAGGGCAUGUCAACAAUUUCCCACGCUCCUUGUGAGUUUCAAUCUGCUCUAUCAAAACAUCCGAUUAUUCAUAUAAUUUUUCUUUAUAUAUAUAAUGUGCGUUGAGUUUUCAUUCUUCUUCUUCACCCCGUGGUUUGGUCGUGGCUUCAUGUAAACUCGGCAUUGAGGGAUGUCUUUCAUGGUUUCCUCUCUCUCUGUUUUCGUUUAUAUAUUAUGUUUUUGCCGUGCACAUUUA